AUGUCUCAGCAAUCCGCCGCUGCAAAGCCUUCGCUCCAGGGCGUCAGAAUCAAAGCAAGAAAGGGUGCUGUAAAGGCACAGGCAAAGCACGAACCGUCAGUAUUUAGAGAUCAACUUUUCAAACACCUCGAAACUGUAUCCCCCGGUGAUUUCGACGCAGUAGCCACAAAACUCGUACAAGCAGGAUCCACUCUUGAAUAUCUCAAAUAUGCAGACCCACUCUUCGAAAUCAUUUUUGUUGGCGGUCUCCUCCAACCAGGUGGCAGCUUCGUCGACGACGGCUCGCCUAUUUCCCCCUUUACAAUUUUCAGUGCCAAAGAACCUGCAGAGGUGGAUGACAUAAAAAAAUACGUCGAAGUCAUCAACAAACUCACCAGAAGAUACAAAUAUCUACAAAAGCCUCUUGAAGAGUCUGCACUUCCCGGACUCUUGCAAUAUAUCCAUCGCUGGGAACCCUCUCAGAAAGAUAAACUUUCUAUUGCGAUCGGCCUUUUGAUCUCCCAAGGUCUUGCUAACGCUUCCUGCCUUCAGAGUCUCGGCAAAGACCACUUGGUGAAGAAUGAUGUCGCCAUCAAUGUGCUCACUGUAAUCUUCCGGGCAUACCUCGUUGAUCAAUCGAUGGACCAUCUUUCCGCCGCUUUGAAACGCGGCGGUAUCAAGGACCUACUUGCAUUCUUCCCGCCAAAUAAGCGUGAAGGCAAAUUUCUUGAAGAACACUUCAAGAAAGAAAAUCUUCCCCAGGUUGCGGAAUGGUGGGCCAAAAAGCAAUACGCCGUGGUCAAAGAGGGCAUCAUUAAAGACCUUUCGGACAUGCAGGAUCAACAAGAUACCCCUGAGCAGGUUAUCGCUGCCAUUAAAUCUCGUCAAGAAGAGUCUCCUAUUCCCGAGGCCGAGUUGAUUCAGUGCAUUUGGCAAGGUCUUCUUGGAUCUGUCGAUUGGAGCGCCCGACCUGAUCAAAUCGAGGGUCUUGCACUACGUGAAGUUACCAAAUUUGCACCGAUUUUGGAGCCAUUUUGCGAAAGUGGGAAAACUCAAAUCGCCCUCAUCAACGCAGUACAGGUUUACUGCUACGAAGACACUCGUAUCAUCAAAGCCUUCCCACAAAUUCUCAAGGUUCUCUACAACAAAGAUUGCCUUUCUGACCAAGCCAUUAUUUACUGGCAUCAGAAAGGCUCGAAGCCUCAAGGGAGGCAGCACUUCUUAAAGAGUACUGAGCCUCUAGUCAAGUUCUUACAAGAGCAAGAAACCAGCGACGAAGACGAAGAGUAA